GUAUAAAUAGGUACGCCUUUGGCACUCUUGUAUCAUAAAUCUAAUUGUGUUCUUCGAAUUAACACUGAAAUCAUAUCAAAUUUGGAAACAUGAAACUGCUGUGUAUGUUCGCUGCCCUGCUGGUGUGUGUGUGCGCACAGGAGUGGUACGAGGGCGACGAGCAAGCGUUCGUCGACAACAGCGAGUAUCAAUACAGACUGGAUCAGCUGAGGAAGCAACGCGACAGGAGACCCAAGCGUGAGGUCACAGGUUCUAUCCCGGUCGGAGACAAUGGAAAACUUAUCGGGACCCUUGGAGACACAGCCAAGGGAGGACUAUACGGCACCGGCGCCUACGAGCAUUCACUCAUCAACAACAAUGGCGGGCGGCUGGCGGCGCAGGCGUACGGCACUCGGGUGUUGAACCCUAACAAAGACUCCACCUACUACGGCGGCAAACUCGACUGGAGCGACUCCAACAUGCAUGCUUCCGCGGACGCGAGGCAGCGGAUCGGAGGGCGCGCUAGAGUGGAUUUGGAAGCCGGUGGUAGAUGGGAGCCCUUCAAGAACUCUGAUCUGACAGCCGGUGGCUACUACAGCCACCGCGAGGGAAGGCCGUCAGACUACGGUGGCCGUGCCAUCUUCAACUAUCGUUUCUAAAUUGCCAGCCUGUUCUAGUGAAGAACUCA